UUGAACUAGUGCAGCCAGUUCAGCUAUAAAGAACAAACCUAUAGUACGUCCGGAGUUAUACAAAGUUCAGUGAAUGUUAUAUGUUUAAUAACAUUUUAUUCAUUCCUGAAAAAUCUUGUUCUUUUUGGAUGUUGGAUGUCACAUACAUUGAAUGAUUAUUGCAAUGUGGUCUUGCGCAACUUUUCACAACCUUUAAUUUACACAAUUGACAAUCCCGCGCUGGCACGUGUGCAGCAAUGUAUGCGUGUAUAAUUAGUAAAAUUACAGAAAAGAUGCGUCAUAUUGCUACAUAAUGACACGGUUAUAUUGUUGAGUAAUAUGAAACAAUGGAAUUCAUAACAUUAGAAUUAAGGCCACGGUUGCAAUCCUGCAACAUAUUUAUCGCUAUGCGAAAAGAUCUCUGUUUAAAAAAUGUACAAAUCAAGCUUCUGGAAAGUAGCAUAGUAUUAAUUCUCAAAGACUGCAGCAUAAAUUUUUUAUUGCCAUCUAUAAAAAUUAUUCCUAUUUCUCUAUCUACGUUGAACAUAAUGAACAAUUGGAUUUGUUUCCGUUUACAAACAGCACCAGUGGAAUCUGUAUUUGGAUCUUUCAGUACAGAAGUUGUUAAUUCGGAUAUGUCAGUUCAAUUGCUCUCCAGCUCUUCGUCGCCAAUUUUAAACAAUAUCAAAUUAUUAUUUAAAACAUCAAAAUGCACUAUGUUAUGUGCAUGUUGUAAAAAUACUAUUUCAAACUCUGUUAGUUUUAAAAGAUUUCUACCUUUACCUGAUAUAGAAUAUGAUCAAAAUGAGUGGUUUUGCUGUAAACAUAAUUCUGAUAUUUCACAUGAUGUACAGCCACAGAAAUGGGAUUACUUGUAUGGUUCCUGCUUUUCUGUAUUGGACAAAAAUAUUUUUGAUAAUAAUGUACAUAUAGAUAGCAAAGCAAUGACUUGUACCAAGUGUUUGCUACACAUAGGAACAUUUCACACGCGUGAUUUAUUCAAGAUAUGGAACUGUUGUGUGGAUUACAAGCCACAAAGCGAUGUUUUGAGUACUGUAAAUGCUACUAAUCCACUUUCUGACUUUCUCCUGCUCUUAAAAGGCUUGCUCGGUGAAAUUUUAGGAGAAGAAAUCAUUUUGCAGACCUCAGUAAACAAACAAAUUCAUUGUCUUUUGAUAAAGCCAAUGGAUUACAAAUUAAAUUUAAUUACAGAACCUAAUCACAAACUGAACAGUGAUACUUGCACUAUUGUCUUAAAACAAAUGUACGUUGCCAAAAUUUUGUAUAAAUAUGAGACAAGUAAAAUUGCUAGUAAUAAGUUGAACGCUACAUACCAUGAAGUGGGUUUGCCUAUAAUAGAAGCUGGAUUAAAGUAUUUGCUGUCAUCGACAAAACGAUUGCCACACGCCUAUAGAGCUGCUGAAGACUGUUUUUUCGGUUAUAUUGUUUUACAAGAAACUGAUUAAAUAUUACAGUUUAGAGUUACACAAUGUAAAUUUUUGUUGCAUAUAUUUUGUACACUUUGUAUUUUAUAUCUUGUUAUGUACAAUAAAGAACAAUUGUACUAUUACACACACACUAUAUAUAAUAUAAUAUAUAUAUUCUGUAUGUAACAAGUUUAAUAUAUACAAUGAUCCAUUA